AAUGAAAUUAUGAAUUAAAGUAAAAAUUCGAUACUUAUUGCUUUGACACUUUUCUUCAAUUCAAUUUUAUAAUAUUCUUCAAAAAAGUUUAAAUUCUUUCAAGUAUAUGAUAAUGAGUUUUUCUAAAAUUUGUGAUAAGUAUAUUUUAAAGCUAUUAUCGAAUAUAUCAAUUUCAAUUAAUUGGUGUGUGUGCCACAUUGCUCCAUAUGAUUAACAUAGCUAUCAUUAAAAAAAAUUAAUGUAACUACAGAGAGAAAGAUUUCUUUAUAUUUAAUAAACAGUUUUGUUCGACUUGUCCAAAGCAUAUAUUUCUUUGGUUUAAUGAAUUUCAUAACGGAUUACUUUAGAUUUAAUAAAAUUUAUUAGAAACAAAGAAAUAUAUAGCCUUGGAACGGUCGAACAAAACGGUUGAUUAAAUUUAAAGAAAUCUUUCUGUGUGGAGAUAAAAAAAUAAAGAAAUUUUUGUACAAAAAAUUUGGAGGACUUAAAUCGCCGUUUGUAAUAAUAAAUUCGUUGCCUGACGGAAUGCAAGGUGACGCAAGGAUUACGUCACAAUUGAUCAGAGACGAGAUUGUCGAUGGUGUCGUUGCGUCACCACUUGCAGCUAAUGACUUCGUGGUUUUUGCGCCCGAUCAUCCGGCUGUCUCCCUGUCGGAUAAUCCGUCUUAAUCAACGAAUCGGGCUCUCCUGCUAAGUAUAAUCGCAACGUUUCUUAUAAUAUCGCGGGGUUCCCACGAAUAAUCGAAGAUGGGAAUAACGUAAUGAUACAUUAUGUAUGACAUAAAUCACCCUCUAAGCUCUCGUGGGAUAUGAAUUUUUUAACGGAAUUAUACGCUCGCCCGCCCCGUUUCGCUCUUUUACAUCAUGCUUUUAUCCCUGAAAGGUAUAAUUAUUAGCUAUGGAAUAAGAUCGCGGUUUAAUGUUAACGAAAAUUAGGGAGAAUAAAUAAAUCUCACUUUCACGCCCUUCAACUUGAGUUCGGCCCUUCAAUUCAGUCGGCGUAAGCGGCGGAGUCUUGAACUCACGGCCGAACAAUCAAGCGAAAAGGUGCGACCUUUCCUAACAUUAACACGCCUAACGCGUACGAUCGCGACGUGAAAGUUUCAGCAAUUUUCAUCGGUCACACAAGGCGACUUGUGUGUCAGCGAUCGAAAGUAAAAUCGGGGCGACCGCCGCCGCAUUGUAAAGAUGCGCGAAGAGAGAUCUACUUGCGUAACUCGAUUAUAUUAUGUACCGGCGCAUUCACCGAGCGCGUAUUACAGAACAAAAAAAUUUGAAUAAAUUAAAAAGAGGUACACUUUAAAUCCAAGUAAGUGUGUAAAAAAAGCGCGCGUGCGUGCGUGUGUGUGUGUGUGUGUAACUUAGUUGCCCAUCUAAAAAUAAUACGCCGUACUACAUAAAAAGACAAAUUUACAUAUUUAAACGUGUAGUUUAACACGUUUUUUUCUGUUGUUUUUACACGCGGCUCAACUAAAUCGUGCACAUGAAUAAGGCAUUUUUUACACGCUUGGGUUUGCAUCGUAUUUAAAAGAAGUGUAUUAUUGGAUCGUCGGUUGAAGGACGCUCGAUUGAUAAGAAAAAUUGAAUCAAUAUUGUUAAUAGUUUUCGUUUCGUUACGCUAUAUACAUAUUUUUUUAAAUGGGUAAAUAUUAAAGUCGGAAUUAUUUUUAUCCAGAAAUGUAUGCCGAGACAAAUAAUUUGUGCAUGCUCGUGCGCGAGGUAAAUUCGCUAGACGUCCUCGAUAACGCUGCCGAGAAAUUCGAUAGUUCGGAUGAUCUUGCAUUAUCCUGAGAUCGCAAUUGAGAGACGCGAGAACGGAUAAGCAUCUCGAGGGCGAAGAAGAAACCUCGUCUCGCUGAAACGUGAAAGUACUCGUUAAACUAUGCUCCACGAAUUCGCGAGGAUCGAAUUCCUCAAUCUGCAUAUUAUUACCUUCAGAGAAACCCGAAAUUGAACAAAGAGCUUUAUUUUCCUUGAAAAAUUUUUCAUGGAGGAGGGGAGGGGGGAGAGGAAACAAUGAGAUCCAGUUACAAUGUUCCGUGCAUGAAAAUUAUACGGGAUAUUAAUAAAAAAGAAUAGCGAAGUGCAUUGUGCGUGGGGACAUGAAAACAAUGUAUAGUACAUUUAUAAUCAUAAAUGUAAAAGAGAAUUUCAAAAAUAUAACGAACGAUACACUUUGUCAACAAAGGGGGAAAAAAAAUUGUUGAAUAUCUUUGCGCCUGAAAUAUAUCGCGAAGUAUUCAUCGUUUCUUUUUAUUUGAAUUUAUUUCAGUUUUCUUUCUUCCUCUGUUCGACUAUGAAAAAAAUUAAUAAUUAACAGUGGCUGAAAUAUCAAACGAAAGAAAUGCCGAGGAGAAAUUCAGUUCCCGUGAUAAUUACCCCACACAGCUUUGUAUUUUAUAUUAUAAUAAGAUUAUCUAAACAUCUGUGAGUUCGACGAGAGAGGGAUCUUUCUUUCGACUCUCACGGAGGAACGGCGCGGUUUCUCUUUUAGUCAAAGCACACAAGGGCUAAUUCACGGGGGGAGGGGGGGGAGAGAUGGUACAGGCGCAUUCGCAGGGGUGGGUGCAGGGGUGAGCGACCGGUCAGAGUGCUUCUUGGCGAGAGAGGGUACGUAAGGACGCAAAGGCGCCUGCAAUCGAUACUCCACGACGGGGCAACAUCGGCGUGGGACGCCUCUUGCGAUAUUUGUCCGCAAAAUUAAUUGUCAACAGCGUUCGAUCGAAUUUCAAUCCGUCAAUUUGCAGCGCACCGCGGAUCCCCUCCAACACAGAUCUACAACAAGCAAUUUCGCUCGCACGCGCGCACAAUGAGAGAGAGAGAGAGAGAGACAGAGAGAGAGAAUAUUAUUUCGUCUCGACUUCUACCGAGGCUCGUGUCUUUUUUUUUUCAUAUUGUCGGAAAACCGGUUACCAGUAAUUAACGACCGGUAAUCGACUGAAAAUCGUUUUCUUGUUUAUUAACCUCGACUUUUCCUGCGGAGGCGCAAUUUGCACCUGCGGUUGAGUUAUUUAAGAGAGAGAAUUGCUUUCAAUAGUGUCCUCUGCGAGAUAAGCAAACGUGCGCAAUUGAGCACACGGGUAUAUACGCAGCCACGGGCGUUCCAUUAGCUAUUUUACUGGCGCCUUGACCCGACAGAUGUUCGCAGAAGUGACACAUAUGCUAAUAUUAUUGAUGAUUGUGCAACGCUGAGUUUACGCGAAAAGAAAGUAUCUGUCUCUUCAAUAAUGAGGUGUGUAUUUUUUUUUGCGCCGCGCGUGUUUUUCAUAUUAUUCACAAUUCGAUGAGUUCAUCGCCAUUGAUAAGCGACUUUUACAGAAACUGCCUGCCUAUAGGUAAUUUCGCAGAUAAAAGCGCGAAAGCAAUUUUCCAUCGUGUUUGAAUCCCGUAACGAUAACGUAUCGGUUAAUCUAAAAAAAGAAAUAGAGGAUAUUAAAUUGAUAUUGAAUAAAAAUCAUUGGAAGUGGAUUGCCUAAUGGAUGCGCAUUCCAAACUGCGCGCUCCGGAGCACUUCGUUGAAAAUUGUCGCGAUCGUCUCGAUAAAACUCCCGUGCGCUUUCAUUAAAAUCGUGGUGAGUAUGCAAAUAAAAAUACCGCGCGCUCGUUCAAAUCGAUGCAAAUAGCUAAAUAAAAGGAAAUUCCGCCUCCCUCUCCUCACUCUCUGUUCCUCGUCUGUGACGACGGCACGCAGAAUUCGUCAUCGCGACGAAAACGAGCAACUUUUUUUUUUUUUUUUUAAAGGAAGGAAACCAGGAAGAGAAGUCGACCCGCAGGAUAUCUCGCGUAAAAAUGCGCAUAUUACCGGGCCGCAUAAAUAUCGUUGUCGCUAAAUGUGCCAUGUCGCGAUCUGCUCGAGCGGGUUUUAGAGAGAGAAACAAAGAACAGGCACAAUUCCCGCGACCCCUCCGCCCCUUCUCGCCCCUUCCCCUCGUCGUCUCCUCCCGUGUUUCACCGUUCGUGCCUUUGCGCGACCGAACCGCGGCUCGUCGUCGUCAUUAUGAAUUCGCGUUUCCGCGAGGGCGAGUCAUUCCCCUUCGUAACCGUGAGGAUCCGGCGAAGUUUAAUCGCGCCGUUCGUGCGAGAAAAUGUCGUCGGAAGGCUCCUUUCCGGGAGAUUGAAAACUUUCGCGCGGAUCCGCAAGGUGAGAGUUCAGCCGGGGCCACGCCACGUCGAUUCAAGGAAGGGAGGACGCAAAAAUUCGAGAGGCCCCACCCACGGGGGCUCUCCGAGGUGAAGAGUUUAAUUUCCGGUGCCGCACGCAAUCGGAGCGCCGGUCGGCCGCCUCCGAGGGAUCAUGAGCGAGUGCUCCUGAUCGCCAAUCGGUCGUCGCCCGCGAAGGGAUGGAAGACUCGGCGGGCCGAGCAAGAAGCGAGCAGCGAGAGAAUCAUCCGAGCAUCGAUAGCGGCGUCGUCAACGACGAGGAGAGAGGUGGUUGACGUCGUCGUCGCCCGGCGGGAGGAUAUCCUCUCCAGAGAAACCAUCGACUUACCGCCUCAUCGCCUGACGAUCGGAGGAUUCCCGGAGGAUGAGCAUCGUGGCCAUCGCCCGCAGGAACUGGGCGCUACGCCUGUCGGUGGUGCUGAACGUGUGCGUGCUGCUGUACGUGUGCGCCCACAUCGGAGGCUCGUCCGGGCCUUGGAUCGAGGAACCGCCGACGAACUGGGCGGCGGCGGCGGCGCCGAUUCAGUCGGAUACCUACGCCCUCAACGACCUAGUGAACGGCACUCAGAAGGGCGCCGCGGCGUCGUCCUCCUCGUCGUCGUCGUCGUCGUUGGUGGCCGCUGCGGUCGUCGUCGGCGCCACCAAUAAUGCGGCGCCGACGAACAACGGUGGAGGCAGCGGCGGCGGCGGCGGCGGCGGCGGCGGAGUCGCCGGCCGUCCCGUCAGGAUCAGCCUCGUUACCACGACGCCUCCCGUCAACGGGGUCAAGGACGUGGCCGUUCACGACAAGCCACAGGAGCACCCGCCUAAUCAGACGGUGAAGAACAGCACGGCGAGCGUUGCACGCGAGCCAAUGAGCCUGAGGGAGGCCGUGCCCUGCAACGAGAAGUCGACCGAGCCGAGACGGGCGCAGCGCGGCGACUACUGGGUGCUGUACAAUUACGUGCCGAUGAGCAUGGCGGUGAGAUGCUGGGAGAGCGUGACGUACACCACGCACGCCGAUUACACGUUCCUCGACAAUCUGGAGCCGCUGCUGGAACGUUGGCGGGCGCCGAUAUCGAUCGCCAUGCACGCACCCGGCACCGACUUCCCGGCGACUCUCGAUGCGAUUAGAUACUCGAGGAACUGCGGCAGUCCUUUGGUCUCGCAGCUAGUGACCUUCCACGUCUUCUUCAGCAGCAAACACGUGCCAAAAGUGAUACCGUCGUCGGAGAAGAUCGCCUCCGACACGUACAACUGCUCGCUCGGGCCGCCAUGGGUGAACGUCAGCCUCGCGAAAAUGUAUAAGAACGAAAAGAAGCUGCUGUACCCGGUAAACGUGGGCCGCAAUAUAGCGCGUGAGUCUGCGCCCACCUUCUAUGUGUUCGCCAGUGACAUCGAGCUGUAUCCCAGCCCGAAUCUGCCCGUCAAGUUCCUCGAGAUGAUCCGCAAGCGGGAUCAGCCGGCUCUCAACAACCCCAAUCCCAAGGUCUUCGUGUUGUCCAUCUUCGAGGUGGACGAGAAGAGUCAGCCACCCAACAAUAAGACGCGUCUGAUACAAAUGUUAAAAGCGGGCACCGUUAUACCUUUUCAUAAGAAAUUAUGCUCCGGCUGCCACAACGUGCCGAAAAGCAAAGAAUGGCAGGAAGCGCCGGAGACGGAGGGCCUGCACGUGUUUCACGUCGGCAAGAGGACCGGCAGCUUCGUGCACUGGGAGCCGAUCUUUAUCGGGACCAAUAACGAUCCUUUCUACGACGAGAGACUCAGCUGGGAGGGAAAGAGUGAUAAAAUGACGCAGGGUUACGCGCUCUGCGUUCUCGAUUAUGACUUUCUCAUCCUGGACAACGCCUUUCUGGUGCACCGGCCUGGCAUCAAGAUCUUCAAGAAAGACCCGCAUCGCGACAUGCUCACCGCCAAAACGAACGCGCUUAUUAAGAAAAUCAUCAUGCCGGAAUUGAAGGUGCUGUAUGGCACGAGGAAGGGCUGUGCCGUGUAGCCCGUAGAGUCACGGGCACGACGGCGCGUGCUCUACAAAUGUACAUUUGUACAACGGAAUCCUCGUCUGCGACCUUCUCUGUCCACAUCGUCGUCGAGUUUUGUCGUGCGGCAAGAGAUCACCCAGAUUCGCAAUGGCCUGGUGCUACAAUUCGCUCCGGAAUCCCGUGUUCACGUACGCUCCAUGCGACUCCCUCGCAAAUGGGACCCGAGAAAAAUUCGCUGCAACUUGUAGAGGACACUUCCUUUCCCUCUCUAAUUACGCCAACUCAACGGUGCCGAAUGAACAAACGAAUUAUCGCAUAAGUAUUCGGUGAGUUUAGAAUAACAAUAUCGUCUUACGGACGGCGUCGUGCUCGCGUGUGAUAAGCGCGUUCAUUUCGCCAUCGCGAUUAUCAUCGAUCAUUGUUGCCAUCACUCUUAUCGUUAGCAGUGUCGGUACUAGUGUCUUACGGGAAACGUCGAGGCAAACGUGAAGAGAUAGAGAUUACACGAAAGAAGUAAUGUACGUCGCGAUGCUCAAAUAUUCUCUCGGUGGUAAUUCUUUAGCUUUCGUAAAAGGAUAUUUAGCGCAUGAAGGAGUUGAUACCACGUAUUUUUCACUAGGAUAAAUCCUCUUUUUAGCAAGUACGGUUGUAUAUAAUGAAACGCGGUGCCUCAUACACAUCAGUAUGUCUUUACAGGAUUAUUGCACUUUCGGUGAAAGUUACGAACGAACGGUGCCAGUUCCGACGCGACUCGUGAAUCGUAACCGUCAUUAUGAUCAAAGCCGUUAUUUAUUUGCAAAUGCGAUAUGCUGUAGAAUAUUUGGGUAGCAGCAAUCUACGAGUGACGAAUUUAACAGAAUUCUAUAUUAAAUACUUCUAGUAAAAAUUGAUCUACCUUCUUUACGAAGAUUCAGUGAUUCGAAAUAUUUAUAAGUUAAUAGACGAAAAUUUUUAUGCUUAGCUUUUUGGUUAUCUAUUAAACGAUAACUGAUGCUUGUUGAUUUUAUUUUUCUUUCUCUCAUUAUUUUUUACGAUACAGAAAAGUAUCUUUUUGUAGAUAAUCUACACUUGAAUUUGAUAUUUUGAACAAAAAAUUAUGCUGCUUUUUCUCUUUUUCACUUAGUAAUUUAACUUACACUUACAUUUGGAACUUCUAAUAUACUAAUCCAGAAUCUAUAUUGACUUAUGAACUUGAAUUAAACUAAACAUAAUUGCGAGAUAAGCUGAAUGCAUUACAAGUUCGCAAUCCGGACUGUUCACUGGGCAAAUACAGUUCUUCUUCUGGCUAUAGACAACUUGAAACAAGAACUUAGCAAGCGCAAGAAUUAUUUAUAAAUAAAGGGAAAAAAAUCACCGUCCAAGACUGAGGGAUAUUUGAUAUAAAUUUUCUAGAACUCCUUCCGGCAAGAGUAGUCCGAUCAAUGGAACAUUAAUUAUUUGUCUCUGCGUUAGCAUAACGUCAUACUUUCGGACUCUAUUCGAGUAUCUCGUUUCGAUCGUGACGGAUCGUAUAUUGUAUGUUUUCACGAAGAAAACAGAACAGCGGAACAUUGAGUCGGAUUGCGAACGAUUAAUUCAGUCGAUGCAGCUUGCUUGUUGCACAUUUAUAACAAAUGAUGCAAAUAUAUUCUGAAAGAAAAAAAA